AGACAGGAGUUACCCACACAACACAACACACAGGAAAACCUCGCUAACUAAGCAUUUGUUCGACACUUCCAAAGUUUCUUUCUUUUAUGUAACAACAGCGGCUAUAACAAUAACACUGCACCAUUUUCCUCAUUCAAUCCAACCCCACCUAAUUACUCCUUAUCUUUUUCCAUUCUAACAUCAACACUUUUCUCCUACAUUGCUGCUUUGACAACCCCAUCAGGAUUUCUUCUACCAUACUAAACACAUUGAAGAUGGCAACAUCGUUUUCUAGCUUGCAAAUUGCAAUGUCAAGAUCAUGCAUUCCUUCAUCACAAAAGUUUGCCGAUGUCAGCACUGUGGUUCUUGGUAGCAAGUCCAAGACGGGAUCAUGGAAUAAACUUGCAAGUGCAUGUCAUGUUGCAUCGGUGCAGCCCUUCCAAAGGAGCUUUACAUCAUCAUCCGCAAAAUCUGUUAAAAUUGUGACGAAGGCAACGUCUGAGUCUAAUGUAACAAGUCCAAUUUCAGGAUUGCCAAUUAAUUUGAAAGGUAAAAGGGCCUUUAUUGCUGGUGUGGCCGAUGACAAUGGAUACGGAUGGGCAAUUGCAAAAUCUCUUGCUGCAGCAGGAGCUGAAAUUCUUCUUGGCACAUGGGUUCCUGCUCUGAAUAUUUUUGAGUCCAGCUUACGACGUGGGAAAUUUGACGAAUCACGCGUAUUACCUGAUGGUUCGUUAAUGGAAAUUACCAAAGUUUAUCCCUUGGAUGCUGUUUUUGACAAUUAUGAGGAUGUACCAGAAGAUAUAAAAACAAACAAGCGCUAUGCUGGAUCCAGCAAAUGGACAGUUAAGGAAGUUGCUGAAUCUGUUAAGGAAGAUUUUGGCAGCAUAGACAUCCUUGUGCACUCACUUGCCAAUGGACCAGAGGUGACCAAACCACUGUUGGAGACUUCUCGGAAUGGAUAUCUUGCUGCGUUAUCUGCAUCUAGUUACUCCUAUGUUUCUUUACUCAAGCAUUUUCUUCCAAUCUUGAACCCAGGUGGAUCUUCACUCUCUCUCACAUACAUCGCUUCAGAGAGGAUCAUUCCCGGAUAUGGUGGUGGAAUGAGUUCUGCAAAAGCUGCACUCGAAAGUGAUACACGAGUGCUUGCUUUUGAAGCUGGUAGAAAGCGCAAAAUUAGAGUCAAUACUAUAUCUGCUGGUCCACUAAGAAGUCGUGCUGCAAAAGCAAUUGGAUUCAUUGAAAAGAUGAUUGAUUAUUCAAUAGCCAAUGCACCUCUACAGAAAGAGCUUUCUGCAGAGGAGGUGGGCAAUGCAGCUGCGUUCUUGUCAUCACCUUUAGCAUCAGCUAUCACGGGUACUGUUCUAUAUGUUGACAAUGGUCUGAAUGCUAUGGGCGUUGGAGUUGACAGUCCCAUAUUUAAAGAUCUCGACCUUCCUAAGGAGCAACAUUAAGUAGACAUUUUUUUCUCUUUACUCUCUUCCCAACUAAGUCAAUGUAGUCUUCACUUAGAGUAUUUGUUUCACUUUUUUGUAGGCUAUUUUUCGCAGUUUUUGUGUUGUAGACUUAAAAUCUUUCUAUCUAUUUCGCAGUCUUCACUUAGGUCAUAUGAUUAUGAAUGUAAUAAUAAUGUAACAAUUUGAAAUAUGAACCGUCUGAUCUUAGUUUGAUGGUUGAGACUUGAGAUUGUAUGAUUGCGGAUUUUCUAA